GAUUAUUUAAUUAAAAAAUAAAAUAAAAUAAAAUUAGAAUAUCAAAAAAUAAAAUAAAAAAAUCAAAGCAAAAUUGAGGGGUGAAAAUGGCAGAGGAAUUUCAAUGGAGCAACUGCGGAGGAGGGAACUGGUGGGAUUCACUGAGAAACCUCUUCUUUUCGCCGCCCAAAGUCAACGACCUGGUGAGCUUACGGCGGCCGCUGAAUCACCACCGUACGAUAACUGCGAACCCGGUCGGCGACGAACCGACCGGUUCGGAUUCAAUUAGGUUUUCAUCUUCCCCAACCAGCGAAGAUUGCAGCAGAGAUUUGCUCCAUGAUGAUAGUGGAAGAUCAGAUUCUCACAUGCCGAACACGAAAUUCUGCGACGAUUUUUCGAUUAAUUCCGUCGCUAAUUUGCGUCUGGAUUCAGCUUCAUCAUCAUAUAGCUACACUUCAUCAUUGCUGCAAAAUUCACUUGACACAGAUUCUCAGCCUCAAAUAACUGCCCUGCAUCAGUUGAUUUCACCUUUCGGAAAGACAGAUGAAGCAUCCGUACUUUACGAAACUAUCGGAUACAUCAAGUUUCUCCAUAAUCAAAUCAGUGUAUUGAGUGGUCCGUAUUCGAAAAACGGAGGCCCUUCAGUGCAACGUCGACCGACUAGUGAUGAAAUAAUCAAGAAUGAAGGGAGGCCAAUACACGAACUAAAAAGUCAAUGUCUUUGCCUUGUGCCGAUAUCGACCACUUUUCGUCAUGCUGUCAAGACGAUUUUUGAACAAAUGAUGGUGUGCCGCCACGUGUAUGAAGGGAAAAGAAAAUAGAAGGGAAAAUAUUUGUCGAUCGAGUGGGACCCGAAAAUCGAACCAAAUUACUAUGUAAUCGAUUCGAUAAUGUCCCGCUUGGACAAGGCAAAGAUCGAAUCUCCUCUGCAAAUGGUCUCACACUUUCACAUAUGGAAGCUCGUUGAGGUGUAAAACUUUUUUUUCUCUUUUUUCAUUACAAAAUCUCAAUAUUCAGACUACAACAUUUAUAAAAAAAAAUCAUUUAUAAUUUUCUUGAUCAACUUUUUAUCUAAUUUUUUCUUGAUCAACUUUUUAUCUAAUUUAUUGCAAACAAGUAUAUAUGGAAUGACUGAGUUGCGCUCUGAUCAGAAUUCAGAAAGCAAGACUUCCCUUGUACUUGACAAGUUUGAGAUAACGACAACGAGUCCUCCUCCUCCUCCGCGCCACCUCGUCUCCAAUUAUUUCUUCUUCUUGAUUACUAUAAUCAUGAGACGAAUAAUACUCGUAGAAAAAAUCCUCGUCUUUGUUCAUUAGUAACAACGAACCGGUGGCCCACAUAGGCGUGGGCCCGAUAUCAACCGACAACAACCUAGUCCACCGUCCCUGGCUCCCCAAACCACCGACCAACUCCCAUCUCUGGAACAGUCCCUCUUUCUGAACAAGACGAGGGCAAGCCAAUAGCACAAGCGAGCUUCCGUCCGAUCCUCCCCUCGGAAAAACCUUGGUCUUGAAUAGUUGGUGAUUAAACGUCUCCGGUAGCAGGGUCCUGGAAAAGACCUCGUCGUCCAUGUGGAAAGAUAUCAAGAGAUCCCCCCCUCGAUGAAGCCAGUGAGCGAACGAGGAGCCUCCCUCCCCCCCAUAUACCGUGCACCUCCUCAGGAAAGCGUCCGGCACGUCGCCCCCCUCGAGCCGCCUCCAUGCCCUUGUUCUUCUCGUGUAGACGUCGGCUUGGGCUGCCACUGUGGCCACGUCGUCCCUGAACUGGAAGUACGAGAGCAGCUGCACAAUCUUCACGUCUUUGGUCGUAGAGUCCACGCCCAGCGCGAUGUUGCGCACGAUCAUUCCCUUGAAGGUGGGGUCAGAUAUCGGGCAGCUCGGGAUGAACUCCAUUUCGCCGCCGAGGCUAGGGUUGCAGAGCGCGACCCCGCACACGAGGGGCAUUCCGUAGAUGCAGAUUAGCCCGUUCACCGGCCUCGUCAUUCGGGCCUUGUCCGCCUUGAAAAAGGACGACGACGCUCCCAUGUCCACGCUCGGGGAUAAUAAUAAUAAUUCUCUCGUUGGCGGUUUCAAUAACGCGGUCGGCAUCGACAGCCUCCAGUUGUUUGUAAUGGUGUCCAACCAAAGUAGAACACAAAGAUCACUGUUGCUGUUGUUGUUGUUGUUGGUGGUGUAAUUCUUGAGGUGUAGUUUAGCGAAAGUCGGUGAAGAGAUGAUGUUGUUCCACGAUUUACAGACGGAUACGACAGUAUUUCAAUAACAAGGUCGUCGUAUAUCGGU